AUGCGCAAGGGAUCUCAGCCGCUCAUCAGUGCUGUUUUUGAUCUUUUCAAUGCUACUACAAAGAAAACUUCUCUGUUUCUCGACAAUCGUUCUUGUGUGGCCGACAUACAUUCGUUAUUGCCCGAGUUGCUCAACAUUUACCAGCGCGAAGAAUUCGAGCGUUACAAAUCAGUUGAAGUUGAUAUCGAGGAGAAAUCUAUGGAUCUGAUACUGGUGUUCGAUAUCCUUGCUAAUAUUCUCAGCAAAGAGUUCAUCUCUUUCAGUGAAGCAGAUCUCGCGCAUGUUGGUAUCUGUAUUGCUUUUAACGCUUUUGAGAUACUGUUACCGAUCCUGAACAGUGAGCUACUCCAGUUACCUAAUCUGUGCAAAAAAUUCUAUCUUUUCAUAUUGUAUUUUAUUGAACUGGAACCUCGAAGUCUUGAUAUUGUGCCAGAAAAGACGUACAAUGCAAUAAUUGAGUUUCUGCGUGCUGGCGUCAGUUCAGAUUAUGGGCCUGAGCCUACGUUUCGAUUAUGCUUGACGGAAAGUACAAAGGCCGAUAUGCUAGCUGCCGCUGCAUCUGCACUCUUCGCCUUGGGACUUGAGUGA